AAAGUUAAUAAACUUCCAUAUUUCAUUACCUCCAACUUUUCAAAUAGUCAGCAAUCACUCAUCGUGUUUUGUUUUGUAACAGAUUUUUUGCGACCUCCAUUUCUACCAUUGACCUUUCAACGGAUCCUGCCUGAUGUUAGUCUCCCUGAUGAUAUUCGCUGGGGUAGCAGAGCAUCCAUGGUACGUCCUCUGUUUCUUCGCUUCGAACGUUUCAGCGGGCAUUGCGCCCGAAGAAAGAAGAGGCUAUAAGCCGAAGAGGCCCGGCAAACUGCCACUCAAGAGGGCAACUACUAAUGGCUCCCCAUCCUCUGGGUCAUCCAGAGCAUGGGAAGUCAUUAUUGUUACUACUUUGUCACUAUGCUCGCUUUUAGUACUUUGUAGUAGUAGUAGUAGUAGUAGUAGUAGUAGUAGUAGUAGUAGUAGUAGUAGUAGUAGUAGUAGUAGUAGUAGUAGUAGUCUUUGCUCUUGUGGCCGAUAUAUAU